GGCAGACAUCUAGCCAGAUCAGGCUCCAGAGCCCACCACCAUGCCCAUCCCUGCCUCUCAGCCCCACCCGCCUCCGCCAUCCCUCCUGCUGCCCCUGCUGCUGGGACUCGCAGUCUAGCAAUUUACCCAUCCUAGAAGCUGAUACAUGGUGUGAAAAGAAAGAAUUAACUGAAUUUCAGCCACAAUCUGGACCCCAACCUCAACCACAGCUGGGGGAGUUUGAGCUCACUUGUGUUUCCCUCCAGGAGUGACAAGAAUGGAGGAGCUGCAGGUGACUCAGCCUGACAGGUCAGUGUCGGUUGCUACUGGAGAGGCGGCCAUUCUGCGCUGCACUGUGACCUCCCAGGUCCCUGUGGGGCCCAUCAGUUGGUUCAAGGGGACUGGGCAAGACCGAGAAUUGAUCUACAGUCAAAAAGUCCACCACCCCCGGGUAACAAACAUCACAGAUCACACGAAGAGAGACAACCUGGACUUUUCCAUCCGUAUCAGUAACAUCACCCCAGCAGACGCCGGCACCUACUACUGUGUGAAGUUCCGGAAAGCAACGCUUGGAACCGUGGAGUUUAAGUCUGGACCAGGAACCGUGUUAAUUGUGCGUGCUAAGCCCUCUCCUCCAGAGAUUUCUGGCCCCUCCAGCAGGGCCAGCCCAGGUCAACUACUGAACCUAACGUGCAUAUCAACUGGCUUCUUUCCCAAAGACAUAGAUGUGAAAUGGUUUGAAAAUGGUGUGGCACUUCCAACUUUUCAGACCUUCGUCUUCCUGCCUAAAGAUGCUUCCUCCUACACUGUCGUCAGCACUGCCCUGGUGACUCUUGCCAUCUCCUCAAUGCACUCCCAGGUCACUUGCCAAGUGACUCACAGUGAAUUGCAGAGACCCCUCAGAGGGCAUGUGAAUAUCUCCCAGUUUCUCCAAGUUGUGCCCACAGUGACUGUCUUAGCACGCUACAUCCCAGGAAUCCAGGCAGCCAUCCUCACCUGCCAUGUCCAAAGGUUUUACCCCAAAGACAUUCAAAUCACCUGGCUGAAGAGAAACAUAGGCUUCAAGACCUGUGAGGUCCUUAUUCCCACUGAGAAUCCAGAUGGCACAUCCAACCAAGACAGUCAUAGCCUGGUCAACACUUCAGAGGGGGAGGAUGAAAUGCUGUUCACCUGUCAAGUGUGGCAGAAUGACCAGAGUCUGGUCCAGGCUAGCAGACAGCUGAGCAAGUUCGGAGAAGAACAAGAGAGUUUGGGUACGACGGUGUUCAGCUCCCUCUUCCUCCUAGCCUGGAAGUUGUUUCCUCUGACUGCACUUUCUGCUAUCUAUAUUUUGAGGAGGAACCCUUCUUCCAGGAGGACUGGCCUAGGAGAGGGACCUGCCAAGAUGCCUGCAGUUGCUACCCCUGCUUCUCCUGCCUCCUCACCCUGCUGAGACCUGUCUGCCUCUGGCUGUCUCUUCCUGCCUCCUGCAGCCCCCUGAGGAAAGCAGAGCCAGGACCAGGAAGGUGGGUAGUGAGAAGUGAGCUGUCAUGCCCUCCCCAGGAGUGAAGUUUCUGUGGAGAGUCGGACCUCAAAGUCUGUGACCCUGACCAAGAAACUCAGCAGAGGCAGGACAGGCCCCAACCCAGAUGGAAACACUCACCUGCACGUCGGACAGCUCCCUCCUAACUCUUCAAGGAAAGCUUACUGUGAGCACCUGAGCCCCAUGGUGAAACUCCUAUAGCCCUAUCAUUAAAAUGGGGUUUAAGGAGACACUUAUGUCCAAAAAACACAUGAGGAGAUGUCCAACCUCAUUAGUAAUCAGGAAAAGCCAUGGCAAAACUACUCUGAAAUGCCAUUUUGUUCCCAUUCAAACAGCAAAAAUAA